AUGGAUAUUUUGUCUUGUGUUAAUUGUGAAGGUUGUCGAGAAGACUAUAUAUUAGAGCGUGAACUAUUAGAGAUGGUUGUAGAAUUUUCACCUAAAAAGUUUCAUGAGUUGAAGGUAGAUAUUGGAUCUUGCGUAGAUCAAGCUACAGCAUUUCAAUGGGAAUUCAAGCCUAUCUUUAAAUGCUGGGCGAAUCGUGUGCCAUGUAUUCCACUUUCUUUGACUAUUCAUUCGAAUUUAGAUACGGAAAUUGCAAUGAAUGAAAGUAACGUCAAAGUAAUUGAAGAGUUUAAAAAGUUGGGUGUUAUUAAAGAAAUUAAAAUAUUCAAUUAUCCAUUAAUCAUAUGCACCGG